AUGUCGAUAGUCUAUCUUCUUCUCUAUGUUAUUUUGUUGUUUCUUGAACCCAUCAAUCCGUGUCGUGUCGAGGAGUGCGCCGCAUGGUUUCAGAAAACCAAGGACUACGAGAAUCUAGUGCCAAAAGCCACAGAGAGGUACUGCCAAGUACUGCAGACCUAUCUGAAAUGUAUGAAUGACACGCAGAAGUUUUGUCAUGGAAAUCUGAGAUUCCAUUCGUCGGAACUGGUUAUGAGGAGGCAUUGGAAGGAGUUUGAGUGCGAGAAGUGGGAGUCGUGUAAUGAGAAUCAAAUGGGUCUCAAGAAGAAACCUGUGAAUACAUGCUACUUCAAUCCACCUCCAUCCAGCCGUAAACUCAAGUACUGUUCCCUAUUCGGCGAUCCGCAUCUAAUAAUGUUCAACGGGUCCAUACAAACUUGCUCAGAGGAAGGAGCCCGUCCGCUAGUCGACAAUCGCUACUUCUUAGUUCAAGUCACCAAUAAGAACGUUCGUGGCGAAGCAUUGACCACUACGGUAACCAAGGUUACGGUACUCAUUCGCAAGCACAACUGCUCGUCUUCUCUCCACUACGAAGCCACAUCCGAUGAGGAGGGUUUGCCCCGUGGAUUCGUUGAUGGGACCACCUACCAGGCAAAAGGAUCCAGUUCAAACUCGGUGGAAGUUCUUUGGCAGGAUAAUAAUUAUGUGGAAAUUGCACUACACUUUAUUCACUCCUCAAUACACAUCCGAAGACAAGGACCGUAUCUUUCAGUGUCUGUAAAAGCGCCAAGUAUAGUUUUGGAGACUGAAGGUGACGUGGCAAAUGAGAUGUGUUGGGCGGGAUGUCGUCGGAGGUCCAGGAUAGCAGCGGAGACUGCUGUCGAGGAGCCAAAGAAGUUUGCAGAGUGCUACAGGCGGAGAGUUCAUGUGCCAAAGAAGGUGGCGGAAGACCGCUGUCGAAAUGUGGGAACUUCUGGAACAUUCUUCGACGCUUGUAUCUUUGAUCUCAUGUUCACAGGCGACGACUACCUGGUUCAUUUAUCUCGGAAUGCUCAAUCGGAUUUCCGUCGUUUAGCACCCCACCACUUCCAAUCCCAAAUAAUCCAACAACGCGUUCGUCAACAACAGGAGCAUAAUAGAAAUCUCCCCUUGAAUUCCACUCAAGUUUUUGAUAAUUGUUUACCUAAUUCUUCUUCUUUUUCUAAAAGUAUUACCAAUUGCUCAGCUUUACUUGCCAUAUUCCUCAUUCUGAUACCCAUUCUAUAG